AUGGAUUUUGUCCAAAAUGGUGAAAGUAGUAGAUCACCACGUCCUAACGGUGAUACAGAUAUAGCAAUGAAUGAAGAGAAGAAGCCUCAGUCGACAUUGAUACUGCCGGAAUGGGAUGUCCCACCAAACAAACCUCUUCAUGCAUCUCUCGAUUUGAUAUCCCUCUUACACCUAGACACACUGUACAACACUUAUGUACGUCCUUAUGCGGAUUUGAAUCCUGAUGAUCAUGUGGAUGGGGAGCCUGGUGAAAAUGGUAUCAAAUCUGCUCAACGACAUAGGAGAAGGAAAUUGGAUAAAGGUUAUUGGCAUCUAAUAGAGGACUGUAUAGAUCCAACGCCAACUGGAACCAAACUUGAUAAUCAAUCUCUUUUACCUCUUUCACAGGACUACAUGCACCCCCCUGGACAUCCGCUGAACAUCUAUUCUGGGGACAUUGAAAUGUUACCUAAUGAUGCAUUUCAAUCGGCUAAACUUGAAGCUGGUCAUAAAGAGGAUGGGUAUUCGAAAGGAGAGAAGCUUGGUGUGAAAGAGGCAGAGGAGAGGCGCAAGAAAAAGAGAGCAGCGAAAUUAUCAAUUGCACCCACAUCCGACAAACAUUCUUCACCUGCAUUACCUUCACCUGGUAUCGCGAAUUCUAAUUCGAGUCAAAUUCAACAUCAGACACAUGUACCUUCAACACCUGGAACACCUUUAUUACCAGUUGCACCUCCUCAACGAUUCCCUUUCAACCAAAACCAACCCUACAACCGAAAGCUGUCAAAUGCACCUCAAUCUGGUGUCAGACCUUUCCCAUCAGGUCAAGGUAGACCUUAUGCGCCCAAUCCGAAUAAGAGACCAUCAUCAGUCGAAGCUCAAGGCACACAGAAAAGAGUCAAAUCAGGCUCAGUAGGUCCAUCAGGAAGUGGAAGUGGCAAUAAACCAAACGGUAUGGGAAGUAGAUCAGCUAGUCCUAUGCCUCAAUUCCAAGGCCCAGGUCAAGGUCAAAAUCAAGGUCAAAAAAAAUAUAAGUCAGGAAUGCGGAGUAUGACGGAGGGCGUCUGA